GGGAUUGAACCGUAGUCUUAUUUAUAACAUAUGCUUCGUUAUUAUGUACUUUGGUUCAUUAUAGAUGGGGUUGAUAAGUUAUGACAAAUUUACCUACAACAAUUUCUAUCUUGAUGAGUACAGUUCGGGCGCGGCUAUAGCCGAUGCUAUAGCAAAAAUGGAUUGGAACCACCAAAAUAUUAACGUAGGAGGACGUUGUGGUACAGCAACAUACAAAGCGCUAAACGAUGCUCGAUUAGUGGCUCUUACUGAAGCUCAUGGUGUAAGAGAUCCAUUGGGUAUAAAAUCACCACCUAUAAAGAAGGUCGUUAUUGUACUAACCGAUGGUGCUACACACCCAAAAGAAAAGUCAGGCGCCACUAUCCAAGCCGCUCGGGAUCUCAAAACAGGAUCUGGUGUAACGUCGUUUGCCAUUGAAUUACCAAAUCACAAGAUGAAUAAUAACCCAGAGAUGCAAGCCCGUGGAACAAAGGAAUUUAGGGAAAUUGCAUCAACAGAUGAGGGACUUAUAAGAGUGACAAACUUCGAUAAUUUACUCAACAGAAUUGAAGAUGUUCUGUCGAGUUUGUGUGAUGUACCCCCAACGGAAUCACCACCAGAACCCGUAGAUCCAUGUAAGAAAUUUGCCUCCUUCAAUAGAGAAUGUGAAAUAACAAUGGCCAUGUGUAAUCCGGCGGAUCCAAGAUGCUGUGGUUGUCCCUUGAUGUUUAAGGACCCAGUAACCAAGUUGGACAAGACACCGUUUGAGGUAGCCUACAAACAGGGGAUGUGUUUAUGCGAGGAUUGUAUUCGUAGAUCGCAUUUCUGUCUCCCGAAGUCCUUCCGCCCGAUCCUAAGCUAUGGGAAACCAAAAGUAUCUCGUUAUUACCCAGGAGCACCACCAGAUAACGCUGAUAAUACUCCUUAAGUUCACUACGGCUAUCUUAUGUUGAAUAAAAGUUUGAAGAGUUGAGUCACAUCGAAUUUGUUGUUAGCAAAUAAUUGAGUGUGGGGUGUUCCAUCUCUGCGCAACCCUCUCACGUGAAAUUUGUUUUAAUCCCAUUAUUAUGCUUGUUUCUACAUCUUAUCAAGUAAAAAUUGGGUUGAAACCCAUAAGCGACACGUAGAGCUUAAAAUAAAAGUUUCAUAUGCAAAUGCUUCGGACACAUUUGAUCCACGG